AUGCAAUCUUCUCGUCAACACCGACAGGUUCCCACCACCGCCGCCUAUGGUACGCAUCAUGACCAAGGUGAACUAGACGCAGAUGGCUAUUACUCUCUCGAGAACUACUAUGCCACUCAAGAUCCCAGCAAUCCCUCAAGAUACACAUCCCAUGCCGACUCGGUUCCUAUAACUUCUUCCUCUUUUGCCGGUCAAACAACUACUCUUCCCUACCAUACACGCAACCAAUCUACGACAUAUGAUCAGUACGACGGUGCUCCAAUUCCGCCGCCACGGACGUCUUCGCAACAGCCAGCUUCUUCCCGUGCACCUGUAGCACCAUCCACUGCCCCCUUGGAUGCCAGAGUUGCAGCUUCGAGACAAGCCAGACAAAAUGUUCAAGAUUCACCUUCUGGUCGAGUUCAGAAUAAUGUGACAGACUACAGAGAUGAUUCGAGAGAUCGAUCACGGGACGACACAGCCACGGCUGCUGCACCUGCUGCACGUAGCCGUAGAAAGGGUCCUUCCAGUCCCGACGGUCCUCACCGUGCCACAAGCACACGAGAACGAGGUCAACACACUUCUCCAGGCCACAGUAGAUCUGAAGCCGCCAUACAUUCACCAGGCGCUGCACCUGGUCCUCUGGUCCGUGAAUACAGCGAGGUUAUCAAUCGAGUCGUUGUCUCGGACCCUCAAGUCGACGCCGAACGAAUGCAGGAACGAGUAGCAGAAGCACAACCUGCCCCCAUUGCCACCGAAGAUCCCUCUAUCGAUGACCUUUUACCUGCUCCGGGCCCGGCUCGACGACAAGACUAUUCCAAAUCGCGAAGAAAGGAUGUCCAAUUUGGUGACUACAUGCUAGGCCAGACUUUGGGCGAAGGCGAAUUUGGCAAGGUGAAGCUCGGCUGGAAGAAAGAUGGAAGUUCUCAAGUCGCAAUUAAACUUAUCCGAAGAGAAUCCGUCGCCACAAACCCCUCACGCCUACCGAAAAUCUAUCGUGAAAUAUCCAUUUUGCGAGAUCUAGCGCAUCCGAAUAUUGUUCGAUUGCAUGAGAUGGUCGAAACGGAGCGACACAUUGGCAUUAUUUUGGAGUAUGCAUCGGGUGGUGAACUCUUUGACUACAUCCUGAAUCAUCGAUAUCUGAAAGAUCCAGCUGCCCGAAGACUAUUUGCUCAAUUGGUCUCCGGAGUUGGUUACCUUCACAAGAAAGGUAUCGUCCACCGAGAUUUGAAGCUCGAAAAUCUGCUUCUGGACCAGAAUCGAAAUAUCAUCAUCACGGAUUUUGGAUUCGCCAACAACUUUGACCCCAAAGAUGAGUUGACAGAUGAGAUCGAGUACAACCUCGGCAAUAAGGAAUUCGUGAGAAAGUUCAAACUUGAUCGGUUGGAUGCACGUGGCAUGAGGAGAGGUGAUCUGAUGCAGACCAGCUGUGGAAGCCCUUGCUAUGCUGCUCCGGAAUUGGUCGUGAGUGACUCGCUCUAUACCGGUAAGAAAGUCGAUGUGUGGAGCUGCGGUGUCAUUCUGUAUGCUAUGCUCGCGGGUUACCUACCCUUUGACGACGAUCCUGCCAAUCCAGAGGGAGACAACAUCAACCUUCUUUACAAAUACAUCACCACCACCCCACUGACAUUCCCCGAAUAUGUCACACCUCAUGCACGCGAUCUCCUUCGCCGUAUCCUGGUUCCGGACCCACGCAAACGUGCUGAUCUAUUCGAGGUUGCCCGGCACAGUUGGCUGAGCGAAUAUCAUCAUGUAGUGUCCCAUAUCACCAGCAGCACCACUAACGUUGCAGACAUUGCCAACACCACAGUACCUGCCGAAGAUGAGUCGCCGGCGCUCAAUCGCAGUGCUUCUGUUCGUGAAGGCCCCUCGAGAGUUGCUGCUGCAUCUCCUGGUACCCUCACUCGUGCUCAUGAAGGACUUGUUCAGGAUCCCGAAGACACCUCUUCGAGCUCACGACGAGAACGAGUCACUCGGCAUACCCUGCAACCAGAAUAUGUUGCUCCUCAAACUCAUACCGCUCGGGGUAAGGCACCAGCUACUGGAAGUCCAUCAGCGGGUCGAUCUCGGACGGAAGAUCUCACUCACGUAACUGGCGCUGCUCAACCUUCUCCAUUGUCCAAGCCUUUGCCGCAAGAUCCGCCCAAGGAUUCUCCUCGACAGAAGCCACAGAACAUGCAACCUCCGACCCGUCCAGCUCGUGAUAUUCCACGAUCGGUAUCUGAUUCCACCAGUGCUUUUGGAAAUGCAACUGCAGGUGCACAAAGUGGUCAAUAUGUCACGAGACCUAGCACUCAAGGUUCAAUGACUUCUGCCAGUGGACCCAACAACACAAGAUCUGACCUUCGACUGCCUUCUCGUGGUUCAUAUGGCCAACCAGUGGCACCGACUGUGGCUACUACCAACGCACAAGGGCGGGUUACACAGCCGUCCAAACCGGCACGUGGUGGAUACAACAUCUCAGGUCCACUUCCUUCACCCGGUGCACAGAAUUCGAUUGGUCAACCGAUGACCACCCCCAUGCCACCACCUACAACCCAGCAGCCUCCCAAAACACACCACCGUCGAUCGAGCACAUUGAGUGGGCUCGGAGAACGAUUAUUUGGUAGGUCCAACUCGGUAGCCAAGAAAGAUUCGGAUCGACAGAAGAACGGACGAAAAUAUCCACCCACGAGUAUGAAGGAAUAUGCUCCUGAACCAGCCACCUCUCGGUUGUCAACGGAAUCCAAGCGAUCAUUCUCAUUCGGGCUUGGGAAGAGGAAGAGUACAGAUUUGGAAGGAAUGGGACAGACAGAAAAGCCGGUACGACGAUUUUCACUUAUUCCUAAUUCUAUGUCAUUCAAAGGUCUGAUGGGAGGUUCAAAGGAGGAUACGUCCCGAAUUCCCAGUCCUCAAAGUUCCAAUCGCCCGGGUACAGGAGAGGAACACGACAGCCAGCAGAUUGCGAGGAAUGAUGGAUCAUAUGAGCCAUCAAGAUCUAACAAGUACAACAAUUUCUCCCGCCCUCCUCAAACACAUUACCAGCCACAGCGACCUGUAGCAUCAGCACCGACGAAUGAUGUUUACGGAGGGACAGGUGUUUAUCAACCACAAACCCAAGGUCGCGGACCACAUCAUCGACAGCACAGCGAACCUAUGGCACAGAUGAUGGGGAGACAGCAGGACACAACUGAGCCAGCAGGUCGACCGUCGAUGCAACAAGGACGACAAGCACGAGUACUUGUUAAGAAUAAUCGAAAAUUUGCAGAAGCGUAUGAUCAUGAGCAAGGACCUACUCACCAUGCUGGUCGAUCAGGUGCAGUGAAGAGAGUUCAAGAUUUUUUCCGGCGUCGUCGUGCUCCCACUGACGGAGACUAUCGGUGA